GGGGGCGGGCAGGGCGCGCGGGCGGUAGCGGCCGAGCUGGGGACGCAAGAUAAAGCUCUGCGGCUGGAUUCCCUGCUCCUCAGAGCAGCCGGGACACACCUGCAGGCCCGGGAGCUGCAGGCCUUCCACCAUGUGGCUCUUCGUGGCGGUCCUGACCUCCCUCGCCUCCUGCGCAGCUUUGGCAGGGCACCCACCUGUGCCACCUGUCAUGGACACCGCACAUGGCAAAGUCCUGGGGAAAUACGUCAGCUUAGAAGGAUUUGCACAGCCUGUGGCAGUUUUCCUGGGAGUCCCGUUUGCCAAGCCCCCUCUUGGAUCCUUGAGGUUUGCUCCGCCGCAGCCUGCAGAGCCGUGGACCUUCGUGAAGAAUACCACCUCUUACCCUCCUAUGUGCUCCCAAGACCCACUGACCGGGCAGGUGCUCUCAGAGCUCUUUACCAACAGAAAGGAGAACAUUGAUUUCAAGUUUUCUGAAGACUGUCUUUACCUAAAUAUUUACACUCCCGCCGACUUGACGAAACAAAGCAGGCUGCCAGUGAUGGUGUGGAUCCACGGAGGUGGUCUGAUGGUGGGCGGGGCAUCAACUUAUGAUGGGCUGGCCCUGUCUGCCCAUGAAAACGUGGUGGUGGUGACCAUUCAGUACCGCUUGGGCAUCUGGGGGUUCUUCAGCACUGGGGAUGAACACAGCCGGGGUAACUGGGGUCACUUGGACCAGGUGGCUGCACUACACUGGGUCCAGGAGAACAUUGCCAACUUUGGAGGGAACCCUGGCUCUGUGACAAUCUUUGGAGAGUCUGCAGGAAGUGAAAGUGUCUCUGUUCUCGUGUUGUCUCCCCUGGCCAAGAACCUCUUCCAUCGGGCUAUCUCUGAGAGUGGCAUGGUCAUCAGUCCUGUACUGUACAGGCAAAGCACAAAGGACAUAGCUCAGCAAAUUGCUUUCUUUGCUGGGUGUAAAACUACCACCUCAGCUGCUAUUGUUCACUGCCUGCGCCAGAAGACGGAGGAUGAGCUCCUGGAGACGUCACUGAAGAUGAAAUUUUUCUCUGUUGAUUUUCUCGGAGACCCCAGAGAGAGCUGCCUCCUCCUGCCCACGGUGGUUGACGGUGUGCUGCUCCCAAAGACGCCGGAGGAGCUUCUGGCCGAGAAGAAAUUCAAUGCCAUUCCCUACAUCAUCGGCAUCAACAAGCAAGAGUUUGGCUGGCUUCUUCCCACGCUAAUGGGCUACCCACUCUCCGAAGACAAGCUGCACCAGGACACAGCUGCAUCACUCCUGUGGAACUCUUACCCCCUUGUUAACAUCCCUAAGGAGCUAAUUCCAGUGGCCAUUGAGAAGUAUUUAGGAAGGACAGAUGACCCUGUCAAAAAGAAAGACCUGUUCCUGGACUUGAUGGGAGAUGGGAUAUUUGGUGUCCCAUCUGUGAUUGUGGCCCGUUUCUGCAGAGAUGCCGGACUCCCCACCUACAUGUAUGAGUUCCAGUAUCGCCCAAGCUUCUCAUCAGACAUGAAACCUGAGAGGGUGACAGGGGACCAUGGGGAUGAACUCUUCUCCGUCUUCGGGGCCCCAUUUUUGAAAGGGAAUGUGUCAGAAGAGGAGACCAAAUUAAGUAAGACGGUGAUGAAAUUGUGGGCCAACUUUGCUCGGAAUGGGAACCCCAAUGGGGAAGGACUGCCCCACUGGCCGGUGUAUGACCAGAAUGAAGGGUACCUGCAGAUUGGCGUCCCCAGUCAGGCAGCCCAGAAGCUCAAAGACGAGGAAGUAGCUUUCUGGACGGAUCUCUGGGCCAAGUCAUCAGCGAGGGAGCCACUCCAGACAGAACACAUUGAACUGUGAAUGGGCCGCCCAGCCAGAUUUGGGGGCCCAGGGGAGCCCAGAUAGGGGCACUCUCCAGAAGGCAUUUAUGCCCCAAAGGGGCAUCUUAUCCUAGAGGCUGGGGAAUUGUCUGGUAGAGGAGGACAGAGGCCAGAUUGGGGGAAUUUCUAUACCUGUGGCUUCAAUUUUGGGAAUAAAUUUUCUUUUGGAGACCAA